UUGGGACUAUCCAGACGACAACGAAGUGUCACUGAGCUCGUUUGACGAGGGCCAUGGAUCGAUCGCCGCGUCGGCCGAGGAGAUCACGCCGGCGAUUUCCGGAGCCGUCGGGGAGUCCAGCUGUCCAUACAGAUACGACGUGUUCCUGAGCUUCCGUGGCGAGGACACCCGCAACGGCUUCGUCAGCCACCUCCACGCGGCGCUGCACCAGCGAGGGAUCGCCGCGUUCAUGGACGACGAGGAGCUCCGGAAGGGCGAGGAGAUCGGGCCGGCGAUCCUCAGAGCCAUCGGGGAGUCGGGGAUCUCGAUCGUCGUGUUCUCGGAGGACUACGCGUCCUCUGGCUGGUGCUUGGACGAGCUGGUGAGGAUCGUGGAGUGCAUGGAUACGAUGAGGCAGAUCGUGUGGCCGGUGUUCUACAAGGUGGAUCCGUCGGACGUGAGGAGGCAGAGGGGGAGGUACGGGCAAGCCCUGAUCAAGCACGAGGAGAGGUUGAAGUCGAAGGGCGGCGAUUCGGAGAAGGUGGAGAGGUGGAGAGAAGCACUGACCAAAGCAGCUAACAUCUCAGGCUGGCAUUUGGUUGACGAGCGCGAGUCUGACGUCAUUCACAGCAUUGUCAAGAGUAUAUGGGCCGAGCUGAAUCGCAAUCAGUUACCUGUCCCUGAGAACCUGGUUGCCAUGGAUUCGCAUGUGUCCCAUAUGCAUACUUUGCUAGACAUGGAAUCAAAUGAGGUCCGCAUGGUCGGAAUUUGCGGACUUGGAGGAAUAGGGAAGACGACUAUCGCCAAAGCUACUUACAAUGCUUUUUCGCACAAAUUUGAGUGUCGCAGCUUUCUUUUCAAUGUUAGAGAAACUUGCGAGAAAUCCGCAGACGGCCUACUUCAGCUUCAAGAGACACUUGUUUCUCAGGUAAUGUGGGAUGAUGCUCUGAAGCUUGGCAAUGUUCACAGAGGUGUGAGCAUGAUAAAGAGUAGACUUUGCAAAAAAAAGGUCCUCAUUGUCAUCGACGAUGUGAAGCUGUUGGAGGAAUUGAAAAACCUAGUUGGAGGACGUGAUUGGUUUGGUUGUGGGAGUAGAAUCAUCAUAACGACUAGAGAUGAACGUUUACUGGCUCGUCAUGGCGUAGACAGUAUAUACAAGGUUCGACCAUUAGAUCGUUCAAAGGCUCGUAUGCUCUUCAAGUCAAUUGUUUUCAAGGAUUUUUCUCCCCUUCCAGAUUAUGAAGAGCUUUCAUACAGCAUAGUGGAUUACACCAAAGGACUUCCUUUAGCUAUUAAAGUUUUGGGUUCUUCUCUUAAAGAUAGAAAAUUAUUUCAAUGGAAAGACACAUUAGAUAAAUUGAAGAGUGUUUUCAAUGGAGAAAUCUUCGAUGUGCUGAAAAUAAGCUUUGACAGUCUAGAUGACUGUGAGAAGGAUAUUUUUCUUGACAUCGCAUGUUUUGUCAAGGGAGAGAGUAUAAGUUAUGUGAGAAAAAUUUUGGAGAGCUGUGAUCUCUACCCGGAUAUCGGAAUUGAUGUUCUUAUAGAAAAGUCGCUCAUCACUAUUGAGUAUGGGAAGCUGGAGAUGGAUGAUAUGAUUCAAGAAAUGGGAAGAGAAAUUGUUCGGAAGGAAUCUCGCAAAGAGCCAGGGGAGCGCAGCAGAUUGUGGUUCUAUGAGGAUGUGCUUCAUGUUCUAACAGAAGGCACGGGAACUAAUAAAGUGGAAGCAAUAAUGCUCAAGUUGGCUGCUCCUGAAGAAGUACACUUUAGUGCUCGAGCCUUCAGAAACAUGAAAAGGCUCAGAAUUUUCUCAGCUCGCAAUGUAUACCAUUCAGGUGUUCCCAUAAACUUUCCCGCUCAAUUAAGAUGGCUGGAAUGGCCCGAUUACUCUCCACCAUCGGAGCCAUUCAAUACAGGCCUAGACAGGAGACUUGUAGGCCUAGACCUGAGUAAAAGCAGCAUCCGCAUAUUGGGGAAGGAAUUCGAGCUUUUUAGAAAUUUGAGGUCUGUUAAUUUCAGCCACUGUACAUUGCUGAGUGAAAUUCCCGAUGUAUCGUCACUGCCAAAUCUUGAGAGUUUGGAUCUCCAAGAGUGCUCCAAUCUUGUUGAGGUUCAUCAGUCUCUUGGGCGUCUUGACAAGCUCGUAUAUUUGAACUUUUUGAACUGCUGCAAUCUUAGCUGUUUCCCCAGCAUUAUGAAGUCAAGAUCUCUUGAAAGUUUGAUUCUUAGAGAUUGCUCAAAGCUUUCGAGGUUUCCAGAUAUUCUUGUACCAGUGAAACGUCUGAAAACACUUGCGCUUCAUGAGACUGCCAUUGAAGAACUACCCUCUUCUUUUGCGAAUCUCGUCGAACUAAAAGAGUUGUAUUUAAGAGACUGUGCGGACCUUAAAAACCUUCCUUGUAGCAUCUAUACACUGCAGCAUCUUGAGCGUAUUUUUGUUGAUGGUUGCUCACAACUUAACAAGUUCCCGGAAUGUUUGUGUGAAUCAAGUGAUUGCACCAAUGUCUCUCUCCCGUUAGCCCUUCCAAGCGUUAUCAACUUGAAUAUGCAAAGAUGCAGCUUAUCAGAGCUUGGUUUCUUGAAAAAUCUUCAUUGCAUCUCCUCGUUGACAAUUUUAGAUCUGUCAGAGAACAAAUUUGUCAGCCUUCCCACCUGCAUCAGUCAAUUUACUAAGUUGCAGCAGCUUUGUUUGACACACUGCAAGCAGCUUCGAGAGAUUCUAGCUCUCCCGCCAAACAUAACAUUUUUACAUGCAAAAGGCUGUGAAUCGCUAGAAACAUGUGCGGACUUAUCAGACGUGUUACGAUAUAAUCCAGAUGAAUCACCUUGGCUCAGACGAAUUGACUUCUCUAGCUGUCAGAAGCUGAUUCAGGAUCAAUGCUCCAGCAAUUGCAAUAUGCUUUCAAUUGAGGGAUUGCUUGGAGAGACUCGGGUUGACAUUUUUUAUCCAGGAAGCAAGAUCCCAAAGUGGUUCGCCCAUCAAAGCACGAGAGGACUCAUAAGGUUUCCUGUAUUUUCAGAAUCAUACCGUGACAUAGCAGGCUUGGCCUUUUGUGCUAUUGUCGGUUCAGCUAAUCGGAAGGAAGCCAGUAUUUCAUGCGAGAUCCAGUUGUUUGUCAACAAGCAAGAAACUUAUGGUUGUGUAGAUUGUUUUUCCUCGUUGGAGUCUGACCAUAUAUGGCUUUUAUACGUUCCCCGGCGAAUGAUGUGGGGAUUGGACGCAAAAUUGCUGAGUCAUUGCAGUCGAUUUACUGUACUGUUCCGGGCAUUGGAGGGGACUCUAAGAAGCUGUGGGGCGCAUUUGGUGUACAAACAAGGUAAGCAACCAAAUGACACGGAAAUUUACGAAAGUGUCGAUCCUCUGAAUUCGAACAUGAACCUUAUGAGUUCCCGUGCUCAAAGCUGCAUUAUGAAAUCCUUAGUCGUUGCCUCGUCUCCUACGUACACUGAUACAUUCCAUUUAGAGAUGGCCGGCCGUCUCGCCCGAACUCUCCGCGAGAUUGCCGGCCGUCUCGCCCGAACUCCCCGCAGGAUUGCCAGCUGUCUCGCCCGAACUUUCUGCAAGUGCCCUGGGCGGCGGCUCAGAAGGCGUCAAACCGCGGCCGCCGCGGAUCAGAUGCCUUGGGACUACUAUCCAGACCACAACGAAGUGUCACUGAGAUCCUUUGACGAGGGCCGUGGAUCGAUCGCCGCGUCGGCCGAGGAGAUCACGCCGGCGAUUUCCGGAGCCGUCGGGGAGUCCAACUGUCCAUACAGAUACGACGUGUUCCUGAGCUUCCGCGGCGAGGACACGCGCAGCGGCUUCGCCGGCCACCUCCACGCGGCGCUGGACCAGCGAGGGAUCGCCGCGUUCAUGGACGAGGAGGAGCUCCGGAAGGGCGAGGAGAUCGCGCCGGCGAUCCUCGGAGCCAUCGGGGAGUCGAGGAUCUCCAUCGUCGUGUUCUCGGAGGACUACGCGUCCUCUGGGUGGUGCUUGGACGAGCUGGUGAGGAUCGUGGAGUGCGGGGAUACGAUGGGGCAGAUCGUGUGGCCGGUGUUCUACAAGGUGGAUCCGUCGGAGGUGAGGAGGCAGAGGGGGAGGUACGGGCAAGCCCUGAUCAAGCACGAGGAGAGGUUGAAGUCGAAGGGCGGCGAUUCGGAGAAGGUGGAGAGGUGGAGAGAAGCACUGACUGAAGCAGCUAACAUCUCUGGCUGGCAUUUGGUUGACGAGCGCGAGUCUAAUGUCAUUCACAGCAUUGUGAAGAGUAUAUGGGCCAAACUGAAUCGAGAUCAGUUACCUGUCCCUGAAAACCUGGUUGCCAUGGAUUCACAUGUGUCCCAUAUGCAUACUUUGCUAGAAAUGGAAUCAAAUGAGGUUCGCAUGGUCGGAAUUUGUGGACUUGGAGGAAUAGGGAAGACUACUAUCGCCAAAGCUACUUACAAUGCUUUUGCGGACAAAUUUGAGUGUUGCGGCUUUCUUUCCAAUGUUAGAGAAACUUAUGAGAAAUUCGCAGGCGGUGGCCUACUUCAGCUUCAAGAGGCACUUAUUUCCGAGGUAAUGUGGGAUGAUGGUCUGAAGCUUGGGAAUGAACACAGAGGUAUGAGCAUGAUAAAGAGUAGACUUUGCAGAAAAAAGGUCCUCGUUGUCCUGGACGAUGUGAACCAGUCGAUCCAAUUGGAAACACUAGUUGGAGGACAUGAGUGGUUUGGUUGUGGAAGUAGAAUCAUCAUAACGACUAGAAAUGAGCAUUUACUGGCUGCUCAUGGCGUAGCAAGUAUGUACAAGGUUCAACCAUUAGACCGUUUAACGGCUCGUAUGCUCUUCAGUUCAUUUGCUUUCCCGAAUGUUUCUCCUCCUCCAGAUUAUGAAGAGCUUUCAUAUAACGUAGUGGAUUACACCAAAGGACUUCCUUUAGCUAUAAAAGUUUUGGGUUCUUUUCUUCGAGAUAGAAACUUAUUUCAAUGUAAAAACGCAUUAGAUAAAUUGAAGAGUGUUUUCAAUAGAGAAAUCUUCAGUGUUCUGAGAAUGAGCUUUGAUGGUCUAGAUGAUUGUAACAAGGAUAUUUUUCUUGACAUCGCAUGUUUCUUCAAGGGAGAGAGUAUAAGUUAUGUGAGAAAAAUCUUGGAGAGCUGUGAUCUCUACCCGGAUAGUGGAUUUGCUGAUCUUAUAAAGAAGUCGCUCAUCACCAUUGAGUAUGGCAAGCUGGAGAUGCAUGAUAUGAUUCAAGAAAUGGGAAGAGAAAUUGUUCGUAGGGAAUCUCCCAAAGAGCCUGGGGAGCGCAGCAGAUUGUGGUUCUAUGAGGACGUGCUUCAUGUGCUAACAGAAGGCACGGGAACUAAUAAAGUGGAAGCAAUAAUGCUCAAGUUGGCUGCUCCUGAAGAAGUACACUUUCGUGCUCGAGCCUUCAUAAAAAUGAGAAGGCUCAGAAUUUUCUUGGCUCGCAAUGUAUACCAUUCAGGUGAACCCAUAUACUUUCCCGCUGAAUUAAGAUGGCUGGAAUGGCCCGAUUACUCUCCACCAUCGGUGCCAUUCAAAAGCAAAAGUGGCCACAGGAAACUUGUAGGUCUAGACCUGAGUAAAAGCAGCAUCCGCAUAUUGGGGAAGGAAUUCAAGCGUUUUAGAAAUUUGAGGUCUGUUAAUUUCAGCCACUGUACAUUGCUGAAUGAAAUUCCCGAUGUAUCGUCACUGCCAAAUCUUGAGAGUUUGGAUCUCCAAGAGUGUACCAAUCUUGUUGAGGUUCAUCAGUCUCUCGGACGUCUUGACAAGCUCGUAUAUUUGAACUUUUUGAACUGCCGCAAUCUUAGCUGUUUCCCAAACAGUCUGAAGUCGAGUUCUCUUCAAGAUCUGAUUCUUAGAGGUUGCUUAAAGCUUUCAAGGUUUCCAGAUAUACUUGUACCAAUGAAACGUCUGAAAACACUUGCGCUUCAUGAGACUGCCAUUGAAGAACUACCCUCUUCCGUCAUGAAUCUCGUUGAACUGAAAGAGUUGUAUUUAAGAGACUGUGCGGACCUUAAAAACCUUCCUUGUAGCAUCUAUAAACUGCAGCAUCUUGAGCUUAUAUUUGUUGAUGGUUGCUCACAACUUAGCAAGUUCCCAGAAUGUUUGUGUGAAUCAAGUGAUUGCACCAAUGUCUCUCUCCCGUUAGCCCUUCCGAAUGUUAUCAACUUGAAUUUGCAAAGAUGCAGCUUAUCAGAGCUUAGUUUCUUAAAAAAUCUUCAUUGCAUGUCCUCGUUGACAAUUUUAGAACUGUCGGAGAACAAAUUUGCCAGCCUUCCUACCUGCAUCAGUGAAUUUACUAAGUUGCAGCAGCUUUGGUUGACGCUCUGCAAGCAGCUUCGAGAGAUUCUAGCUCUCCCGCCAAACAUAACAUAUUUACAGGCACAAGGUUGUGAAUCGCUGGAAUCAUGUGCAGACUUAUCGCACAUGUUGCGAUAUAAUCCAGAUGAAUCACCACGGCUCAGACGAAUUGACUUCUCUGGCUGUCAUAAGCUACUUCAGGAUCAAUGCUCCAGUAGUUACGAUAUGCUGUCAAUUGAGGGAUUGCUUGGAGAGACUCGGGUUGACAUUUUUCAUCCAAGAAGCAAGAUCCCAAACUGGUUCACCCAUCAGAGCAUGAGGGGACUCAUAAGGUUUCCUGUGUUUUCAGAAUCAUACCGUGACAUAGCAGGCUUGGCCUUUUGUGCUAUUGUCGAUUCAGCUAAUCGGAAGAAAGCCAGUAUUUCAUGCGAGAUCCAGUUGUUUGUCAACAAGCAAGAAACUUAUGGUUGUGUAGAUUGCUUUUCCUCGUUGGAGUCUGACCACAUAUGGCUUUUAUACGUCCCCCGGCGAAUGAUGUGGGGAUUGGAUGCAAAAUUGCUGAGUCAUCACAGUCAAUUCACUGUACUGUUCCGGGCAUCGGAGGGGGCUCUAAGAAGCUGUGGGGUGCAUCUGGUGUACAAACAAGGUAAGCAACGAAAUGACACAAAGAUUGACGAAAGCAUCGAUCCUCUGAAUUCGAACACGAAGCUUAUAAGUUCCCAUGUUCGAAGCCACAAAAGGAAGGAAAGAUUUUCAAGCUCCUGACACAGUACACUAUGAUUCGAAAUUAGCUUCUUGUAAUUUAGUGUAGGGGGCUAUGUUAAUACCCUUUCGAGCGGCUUUGAUUGUGUGUUUCCUCAUAGCGAAAAUAAACUUCUUCUUGUGUUUUUCUUAACCCUCAGAUUAUGUGAUCAUCGUCCAUCUUUUCCUCACUGAGAAAGUGCAAGGAUGUUCCUGGCUA